AUGAAGCAGUGUUCCCCUACGAUCACCAAUCCAGAAUCGAGGGUUGUGGACGUAAGAGUACGUCUAGGUGGAAGAUUCCUGCAGCGAAGUCGGGCCAAUCACGAGGACUCAGUCGAUAUCGAACAUCCAGUUCGUGUGGAUCAAGAAGCGAACCCAAAGUGGAAAGAUGGCCAGCUUUGCUGGGAGGCCAAGGGGAAAUGUGCUCAAGUCUACGCAGAAGCAAAGACCAAGCUACUGGGAGAGUUAGACCAGUCUCAACGAGAGUCUUUCUGUGAGAUUUGUGUGUCACUUUUUAUGGUAGGAAAGACGCCUCGAAAAGCGAAACCUAUGAUCAUAAUUUCCAGCGAAGACAAACGAUCACGGGAAGAAGCCAAGAGAGCCAUCACCAGAAGCGGCGUUCUGGCGGAUCUUGGCUUCGAGAUCGGGGUGCUUAAGUACCUCCCAUCAGGCCCCACUCAUCCUGCCGCCGGAUCACCUAGCGAAGCAUGUUGGGAUUCAGCAUCAGAAUCCGAAGGAUGGGAUUCAGAUACUUGGAAAGAGAAGACGCCUGAUCCUUCUUUCCACCCGAAUACGCCUGUCUCUUCAUCUGCCUACUAUGAUUCUAAACAGGGGCUACGAAUCACCGGAAUGCCCAUAUACGUCAAGACAGCAGAUGGUCGAUCAAGAAUGGGAACAGCCAAUGUCGUGCACAACGGAUCCAAAUACGGUUAUAUUACUGCAGCCCAUAUUUUCGGUCUUCUGCAUCAAAGCCCUUCUUCGAUCGAUGAUGACGAAGAUGAUCUCGGUAUACCAUUCGACAGCGACAGCGACAAUGAGGAUAGCGAAAAUGAUUUGAACGAAAAGACAUCCUUCGCUGGGGCCCUGUUGUCAGACUCAGUAAGAUCAAGACAAUCUUACGUCUUGCACGGAGAUGGUUUUGAUCUCGGGGGAGCUACUGGGCCUAGUGAUCUCUCUGAAGUCUCGAUAGAUCUGCCGCAUGGUCUGGCCUUACUUGGUCAUCUGGAGCCUGACCAGGAGCCCGACAAGUCUUUGGAUUGCGCUAUCAUAACCAUCGAUGACUCUGGGCUUCAACGGACGCUCGACAGGACCAGAGUUCUCAGGGAAAACAAUGUCUCUCAUAUGUCGAGUUCUACAGCCGAGCCUAAGCCUUCGCUGGCUACAGCAUGGACCACUCAUGGUCCUAUUCAUGGUACUCUCAACAAAGUACCUGUUCUCAUGCGUCUACCAGGAAGCAUGUCGUUUCAGUCUGUAUAUACCUUUGCGUACGAAGGUGAGAUCAAGCGUGGCGAUUGCGGAUCACUAGUCCACGACACUACUACUAGAGCACUGUACGGCAUGAUCAUCGCUGCUGCUGACAGGCAGCCCAUUGCCUACAUAGUAGCGGCGAAGGGAUUGAUAAAACAUGUCGCGAACGCAGGAUGGCAUUUGCUGGAUGCCAAUGAUGACUAUAUGAACUCUAGGGAGAUCCAUGACGAAGUCGCAAACUUGCAGACAGAACAUAUUUCUUCAGCAGUACCUUUACCAGUAGGCGAUUCUCAGUCAAUAUCAUCGCGACCGAAGAGAUUCCAGACAGAAACACCCGAAGCGGUAUCUCCUGCAACAAACGAUCACCAAGAGGUCUCAUUGCCAACAAGCAUACUGAGAGCGGAAGACUCACCGGCCAGUUUCCCACAAGCUGUGUCUGCACGAGUAGACAUUUCCGAGAUGGAACCAUGGGCAUCCUAUUCUGAGCAACCACAGUCUCAAUGGAGCCACCGUUUCCAGAGAUAUCUUAUCACCCUAUGGAAUGCACAGCAUGGACGCUAUUACUGGCAGCACUACGUUGAAGCUUUCUACGUCAGGGGCAGCGCUUUCUUCCAGGAAGGCAAGGUCUUUUCAAUCCUCUUCACUGAACCGGCGGGCGCCACCGCACUGAAUGGGCUGAAUCCCAUGGCCGACUACAAUACCAAUCUGUCCCGGGUCAAAUACAAUGAAUUCGUACGAACCCAAAUACGGAGAUUCAUCGUCACGAGACGUAAACGCGAGUACUGCUUCGCUGUUCCAAUUUUUACCUACUACGGCCAAGCCACUACUAAGAAGGGAGUGGUUGCUGACGAGCAUGCUAUUGCCUAUUCGUUGGAAAAGGAACCACAACUCGUGCCGGGCGAGGCACCGCUUAUGAAGGCACCCAUCCCCAUUGUGACGGAGGAUAACAACCAGCCGCUAGUUCCAGCCUCUAGGAUCUACUUUGCCAUCCAUCAUCCGAUUCAAUACAAUGUCAAGGUAAAGAACCUCGGCCACGUGCAUCCCGAUUAUCUGCCUACCUUCCUUGGAUAUUGGAACCAGGAGAACAGCGACUCAAAACAAGACAUUGAUGUCACCGCGAACCAAGGUCGCGUGGACGAAGUACAAGGUCAUGAUACCCAGGAUCCUGUAGACAUGUAUUAA